GGUCACUCGAACAGCGGCGGCCGAGCAUUCCGGUCACCCGCCAAAAACCUGCGCUCGUUUAUUCUCACCGUUGGCGCUGCGCUUGUUUUUCCGUUUUUUGUUUUUCAAUUUAAAAAUUCUACUUCGCUUGGCCGGUAAAGAUGUUCGGCCAAUGGAGUGUUCGGAUGCUCGUCCUCCUCGCUGGACUGGCUCUGGCUUCGGCUCGGAAUCCCCCGCUGGAUUUGGCUUCCCGCGGGGCUGAGGAUUUACCAAGACCUGCUGUGGAUUUCGGUCUGACUGGGAUUGAUAUGACCGAACAAUGGAAAAAGUACACCCUCCCGAAGGCCGAAAACCCGUCGUUUGUGCACCAGAACCUCAGUGGCGCCGGUUCUCCGACCACCGUCACGGGAAUCAAGAUGGCGACCAUUAAAGGGCGGGAAAUCAACGGUUUCCUCGGCAUCAAGUAUGGCAAGGCGCCGCAGGGUGAGCUCAGGUUCAAGAAAACGGAACCGGCUGGCGUAUACUGGACAGGGGAUACUUUAGACGCGACACACUUGGGCGAAAAAUGUCCCCAGAAGUCCAUGCUGGCACACAUUCCUUCUGGCAGCGAGGACUGUCUCAAUCUCAACGUUUAUACACCUUAUCUCCCCGGAGAGCACACAGAGCCCCUGCCCGUCAUGAUGUUCAUCCACGGGGGAGCCUUCAUCUCCGGCGACUCAUCCCUGUACAUGCCCACCAAGCUUCUCGACCAGGACGUGAUUCUCGUCGUCAUCCACUACCGGCUGGGAACCCUGGGUUUCUUCUGCCUGAACACCGAAGGAGCCCCGGGGAACGCUGCCCUGUGGGACCAGAUUGAAGCUAUGAAAUGGAUUCGCGACAACAUAGAGGGCUUCGGAGGCGACAAAAACCGAGUCACUAUUUUCGGCGAAAGUGCGGGCUCGGCGUCGGUGAACUACCAUCUGCUGCUGCCUGAGUCUCGGGGUCUCUUCCACGGAGUCAUCGGCGAGAGCGGGUCGGCCCUCGAGCACUGGUCCCACGACCCCGACCCGGUCCUGUCCGCCGAACUCCUCGGGGAAGCCAACGGGUGCCCGACGGACGACCACCAGGCUCUGUACGACUGCAUGAUGAGCAAGUCGGCUGAUGACAUAGCGAUGACGAUGGAUCAUUUCGUGUCCGAAGACCGUCAGCGGGGCGAGAUGGGGUUCCGCGGCGCCGCCCCCGUCACGCAGAAGGAGGGGCUCGCAGGAACUCUGGUGACGAAGCUGCCCGAGGAGUACUUCGCCGACGGGGAUGUGGCCGACGUCCCCCUCAUGAUCGGCGCCAAUAAGCACGAGGGGUCCUUCGUGCUCGGGAUUAUGUACACUGCCUAUCUCGUCCCUAAUGAAUACAUGGACGAUGAUGUCUAUAAACGGGAACAGAUGCUGACGGACCUGCUCAACGCCUUCGGGGUGUCGGACCAAACGCACGGAAUGGCGGAGUCGAUCGAGGAUGCCUACCUCAUGGGCGUCGACCCGGCAGACUUCGAGACCGCGGCGCCAGGACUCGUCGACAUGGCCGGCGUGUUCUUCCUGAAGGCGGGCGCGUGGAGGACGGCCAAACUCCACGCGAACGGGACCUCGGCGGGGACGUUCGUGUUCGACUAUGGAGACGUUCGUGUAUCAUCCGACGACAGCAUGUUCCGCUGGCUUUUCAUGGGUUAUGGGGCCAUGCCUUUCAGACCAGGUGUGACCCACGCUGAUGACCUAAUGUACCUGUUCUCUCUUCCCGCUGACCUGGACACCGAGGAACAGCUGAGGGUCAAGGAUUACAUGGUGACCCUGUGGACUAAUUUCGCUAUCCAUGGGAACCCCACACCCUCUGCGAACCAAGCUAGCUGGAAGAAUCUUGAAAUCCCGCAGUGGCUUCCUGUCACCAACGAGGAAAGGCAUUAUAUGUUGAUCCAGGAUAAGUGUUCGGUGGGACAGGAAUACUCUGAGAGGUGGCACAUUGCCAUGCAGGAGGACGGGCCCAAAUCGACCACCACUUCCGCCCCCACCUCCACUGGCAUGACCUCUGCCCCUGGACCCACCCAGGAGGAGUAUGACACCUUGGCCAAAGAAAGCCAGGCCUACAUGAUCUCCAUGAUUGUCUUCAUCAUCUCCACCGUCGGCUUAGCUGGCUUGAGUUUCUUCUACUUCAAGAAACAGAGCUAAAAACAAAUAAAACAUUAAAACAGAAAGAGAGCAAAAAUUAUAUUGAUAAUGUUUAAGUAUAGUGUGUUGUAACUGUUUUAUGAAUAUGUAUAUUUUAUUUUAUUGAUAUGAAAUGGUUAUGUACUCUUAUUUGUUAUGGUACGACUCAUCCAUUACAUUGUCUACUUGAUAAGUCUUGUUUGUUAUUAGUAUUUGUCAGUGACACCGUUUAUUGGUUAUUUUGAAGAAUGACCUCAUUAAGACUGUUCAUUACAAUAAAAUUUGUGAUUA